UUUGGGGAAUGGGUGCGGCGCUUUAGCCACGCGAUUUUGCUGAUAUUUCUUAUUCUUCAUUUACUAAGUUCGUCCAGAAAUUUGUAAUGGUGCCAAUAAAUCCUAGAUUUUGAGAAUGGCCGUCAGUGUGGUUUUUUAAAAAGGUAUUUCACCCGACGAAAUGUGCGAAUAAGCUCGGUUCGCAAGUGCCUCAGAGUGAUAGGAAGUAGCCAGCAGCUAUCCUUGAUGCCUAGCUUUUGGGAGUCUCGGGCCAAUUUUCGCUCUUCUGUAACCGCCUAGUCCCGUUUCGCACUUUCCGAACUAUGCCCCAAAAGUUCCACCAGUAGGACGUGUCCUGGGAGGUUUCGUCCACUUGUUGAGACACCACAGCACGCUUUUUCUCAUGCAAAUCGGGCGCUUCUUUGCACAGCUGCAGCAAUUAACUGAUAACUUUAUCUCCUCAUGUACUGUAGAUAACUUAGAAUGGCAGAAUCAUGUCCGUCAGGAAACAGAAAUAAUUUAAACGCAUUAUCAAGUAUUAACCGAGAUUCUGAACUUCCGAAACAAGACUGCACCAGCCCUAGCCCUACUGAAACUGUCUGUUUAGAUUCGUUGUGCUCCACUGAAAAUGCACCAGGUACAUCGCAAAAUCACCUAGCCCCUUUGAGCGAAAGAUUGGACGCAAUAUUCAGAAACAGUCACUCUGAAGAGAAACUAGACAAAACGAAUUUUUUGAAUGAACUAGGCCUGGAAGAAUGUGAUGAAGAGGACAGUUGUGAUAGAGAGGAAAACUGGGAAGAUUGCACUGAAGGAGAUUUGUCUGAAGACAAUCAAGACUUAGACGAGGACGACGAUAGUAGUGAAGUUGCCUCAAAUUCGCCCCCCGACGUCCACCAAAUCACGCAGAAAAAUUCAUUUCUGAAGAGGUGUGGGUCAUAUUCAACUGAUCGAUACUGGAGGAAACGAAAGUUGGACGUGCAGAAUGGGUUUCCGUGCAAGAAGCUGCUGCCGGAGAAGAAAUCUGACGUCAUUUCGAUGCCCACCGAGCCUUCUGCUCGAGUGCCGGGAGCGGCCGAAAGCACUGGAACCACUCCCAGCGCCAGCGACAAGAAGUCCCGCCUCGUAAUACCCACCAAAGACAAUCCGCCGCCGGAGAUGUCCGACUGGCUGACCCAGUUCCAGAAAUGGUCCAACGCCGAACGCAUCCUCGCCAUCAACGAACUGAUAGCCCGGUGCGAGCCGACGCAGGUGCGGCACAUGAUGCAGGUGAUCGAGCCGCAGUUCCAGCGCGACUUCAUCUCGCUGCUGCCGCGCGAGCUGGCCCUCAACGUGCUGUCCUUCCUCGAGCCGAAGGACCUGCUGCGGGCGGCGCAGACGUGCCGCAGCUGGCGCUUCCUCGCCGACGACAACCUGCUGUGGAAGGAGAAGUGCCGCCAGGCCGGCAUCGAGGAGAUCCCCAAGAGGCGGUGCUCGCCGCGCUCGCCCGGCACGCAGAUGUCGCCGUGGAAGGCGGCCUAUAUGCGGCAGCACGCCAUCGAGAUGAACUGGCGGAGCAAGCCGAUCAGGCCACCGAAGAUGCUGAAGGGGCACGACGAUCACGUGAUCACGUGCCUGCAGUUCUGCGGCAACCGGAUCGUGAGCGGGUCGGACGACAACACGCUGAAGGUGUGGUCGGCGAUCACGGGGAAGUGUUUGCGGACUUUGGUUGGCCACACUGGGGGCGUCUGGUCGUCGCAGAUGUCGGGGGCUACUAUAAUCAGCGGCAGCACUGAUAGGACGCUGAAGGUGUGGGACGCCGAAACGGGGGAUUGUAUUCAUACGUUAAACGGUCAUACUUCGACAGUGCGUUGUAUGCAUCUUCACGGGAAAAAGGUCGUUAGUGGUUCCCGAGAUGCCACUUUACGAGUGUGGGACAUCGAAACCGGAGCGUGUCUUCAUGUUCUCGUUGGACAUUUAGCAGCCGUACGAUGUGUUCAAUACGACGGGCGGUUAGUGGUGUCCGGAGCUUACGACUACAUGGUAAAAGUGUGGAAUCCGGAACGGGAAGAGUGUUUACACACGUUACAGGGGCAUACAAACCGUGUGUAUUCAUUACAGUUUGAUGGUGUUUACGUAGUCAGUGGCUCCUUAGACACAAGCAUAAGAGUUUGGGAGGUAGAAACGGGAGCUUGCAAACAUACGCUUAUGGGUCACCAGUCCCUUACGUCCGGUAUGGAAUUACGGAAUAACAUUCUGGUUUCCGGUAAUGCCGAUUCCACCGUCAAAGUUUGGGACAUAGUGACUGGUCAGUGCCUACAAACCCUUUCAGGACCAUACAAACAUCAGUCAGCCGUUACUUGCCUCCAAUUCAACAAUCGUUUUGUGAUAACUUCCUCCGACGAUGGGACUGUGAAACUGUGGGACGUACGCACGGGUGAGUUCAUACGGAACCUCGUGGCACUCGAGAGCGGAGGCUCGGGUGGUGUGGUUUGGCGCAUCCGCGCCAACGACACGAAGCUAGUGUGCGCGGUCGGCAGUCGCAACGGCACCGAAGAAACAAAACUGCUAGUGCUAGACUUUGACGUCGAUUCUAACUCUAGUACCAUAAUCUCUAGGUAAUUUACAGACUCCAAAAAAUUGUAUGAGUGCGCGUGUUUUUGUAGAACAACGUUUGAACAACCGAACAAAGCAUACUACUGAUGUUGCUGCAUACGCAGAAAUUCACUACUUUGAGAUUAGUGCCGUUAGUUUUAAGUUACCUGGGCAAAACUCAUUCAGUUCACUGUUGCGUAAUUCUGUGAUAUUACGUUUAAUUAGGGUAACAUCAACAGUAUGUGAACUUGUUGAAGAUUAAGAUUUUCCUGUGAGGACUUUUAAUUCAAAUCUGGUGCUGUUACGUUUUGUAUCCGGAAGUUUCUUUUGUUUAAGUACAAAAUAUUGUUGUAAGUUUGUCGUCGUACUGGUGCGGGAGCACCGAUUUGCAAUAUUUUCCAUGUUUGUUAUUAUUGUUUUGUAAAAUUCCUGUAGGACAGUCUGUGUUAACUAUGUUUCUGUUCCUAUAUUAAUUUAAGAUGACAUGAUUUGCACCAGAGAGACUGAUCGUAAGUUUUAAGUUAAUGGCAUUUUAAGUAAAAUAACCACAUUAGUUUCGUUUCUUGGAUUCGCGGUAGAUGGCGUCGUAGAGUGUCAUCUACUGCGAAUCGUGAGUGUAUCUAAGUGACAAACUAAGAUGUGGUCAUGCUCAAGAUUCUUGUCAUAGCUCAACAUAAUUGUAAAUAGUCAAACAUAAUCUGUUUCAUCAUACAUCACUAGUUUAAUUAAAUUAGUAUUUUCUCAGUUUAUUUACUCAAGUUAAGUAUUUUUAAUUAGCAAUUGUCAAAAUGUUUACGAUCAUAGUUUAGUCGGCAAUCGAAAUUUUAACGACUUUAGGAAUUCAUGUUUUAUAUGCAAAAAUAGUAUCUAAUUACGGAAGAAACGCUUAGAAUUAUCUGAGUUUUCGGUUUCAUUCAAAUUAACAGAAUUCUGCAUUUUCAGUUGGUGAAGUUUUAAUGUAAUCAUUUUGAAGU